UACGUGGUUGUAUAUAUUUUGAUGUACUGUGUUUAGAAUAUCCAGUUAAGAAUUUACUCGCUGAAAUAUAUAUCACAGUACAUGUAGCAAAUUUGGAGUAUAUAGAUGAUUAUUUGAAAUUCGAAUUCAUCUUUGAGGACGGAAUCUACUUACUUCUUAUUUAAGGAAAAUAUAACAUUUUGUUCCAAAUGUGCCGUAUACCGCAUGAUGGAAACGCCUACGCCACGAUUAAAAAUUGACGUGGAGUACCUUGUAAGAAUUAUUUGGAAAAAUAAUUCAAUACCAGGCAUCUAAUGACACUAUGGGUGCCAAUAUAUUGUUAUAUUUACUUGGUGUGAUAUUGACAUUCUCGUGUCCUGCUACACCGUACACACACGACAAUGUGAAAGCUCUUCUUACAAACAUUUUCACAACUAACUCGUACAACAAGAUGGUUCGUCCAACAGCAGAUCAAUCACACUCAAUAACUAUGUUCUUGAACCUUAAUCUUGUGGGAAUAACCAAUAUUGACGAGGUACAAGAAAAAAUGACAACCACGGCAUCCCUUGAAGUGUUUUGGAUUGAUGAGUAUAUGAUUUGGGAUCCGGCUGACUACAACGACACUGAUAUACUUUAUGUACCUCAGAAAAAUAUCUGGAAGCCAGAUAUUGCUUUGGACAAUGGCUUUACUAAACUGGAGGAACUUGGAGACGAUUUUUUAUUGACAAGAAUAUACCACGAUGGCACCGUGGAGUGGCGACCGUACGAUGUGUUUGAAACAAAAUGUUCUAUUGACAUAACAUACUUUCCCUUUGACAAACAAAAGUGCGACAUCAUAUUUGGAGUUUGGAUGAGCCCGCUGAGCGCAAUUGACGUUGAGCUAGGUAAAAGAGGCAUCUUACUUGAUUCAUAUCAAUCCAAUGGUGAGUGGGAUCUCCUAACAACGUCUGCUGAAGCUUCAGAAUCACAACUAGAUGGCGCUGUUGUCACCUUCUCUAUAACGGUAAAAAGAAAGCCCCAAUACAUUCUCAACAACGUAGUGCUUCCUAUCGUCAUGUUGUCACUGCUUUCGGUGUUCGUAUUUGUCCUACCUGUUGACUGCGGAGAGAAGAUGGGCUAUAUUAUGACAGUUUAUCUAGCCUUUGCUGUCUUUCUGACAAUAGUUAGUGGAUCACUUCCGGUAAGCUCUUCUAUGUCGUUACUGAGUAUAUACCUGACAUUACUGCUCGUUUUAGGAACAGUUAUUGUUAUGAUUACUGCGUUGGAGCUUCGCAUUCACUACCGCGAUAGUUCGCGUGAAAUACCUAAGAUUGCCAAAUACAUGGUACGGUUUAGCAAAUGGUUGCGGUGUAUUAGGCCAAACAAGAUAUCUCAAGUCGUGAGUAAGAUCGAAUACAGUCUCUCAAAUGUCAGGGAUACAACAGAAAACGAAACGACUGCAGAUGCCAUUAGACCGAUUAAAAAGAAUGCAUUUUGUGAACCUGAAGUGGUUGAAGAGAUCGUCUGGCCAGAUGUGACGUCCGCAAUCGAUUUCUUCUUCUUCUGGUUUUUCAUGCUGAUAAAUAUAAUAGCAACGGUUUGUAUAUUUACAGAUGGCUACAUCAAGAGUGACAAACAAGCCGCUGUGUAGGUGUAUUUUUAGUCUUUAGCAGGCGAAUAAGUUUACAUGGUACAGUAUUUCUCGUACAAUAUACUGUUAUCUUAUCUUUUUUUCUUAAUUUUUGCAUUGAAAAAGCAUGUCUUACUGUAAAAAUCUAAACUCAAAAUUAUAGAACGGACUAUAAUUUCAUUAAACGUUAUUUUAGAUCGCCAAUUUAAACUGUUAGUGAGCAUGCUAAUAGUUCGAGUAAUACGGGAUAUUCGAGUUAUUAGAGACUAGACCUACUCCAACAAUGUUAGAGGUUUUACACGGCGAGAUACUUUUAACAGGCGCCGUGUCGCAGUCGGCAAAAUCAUAUCCGACAUAAAAAGAGCCGACCAGCGGCCUCUUAUGUUAUAGGAGUAAGGCUAGACCUAGACCAUUAUAGGUAAUGGUCGUAUGAGUGUUACACUGUCCACACUGAAUGGCUACUAUGUAACGUCACCGUGAUUUAUUACGAUUUAUUUUCAGUUGCCGUAUUGCAAAAAGAAGACAUGUAAAGAUUUAACAACAUUCAAUUAUUAUUUAAAGAAAUAUAAACCGAUCGAUUUAUUCAUCCAUUUUCAAGUAAAUGAUUUGUCUAAAUCAUGGCAAAGGCCUACCCAAUUAUCCACCGUACUAUCCGUUCUGGUUAAUAGGUGCGAAGAGUAACUUUUGUUCGAUAUCGCAAGAAAACUUCAUUUAAGCCCUGCCAAGUAAUUGAUGAUGGUGUGUGCGAUACAUAUUUACGUUGUACAGUGCAUAACCUUCUAUUACCUUUGCUACAUGCUGUCAUUCCGUAAUUUGGUUUUACACAAAAAUUGGAACUUCCGUUUGCGUUCAAAAAGACUUAUUAGAAAUGUAUUCAUAUAACAAUUUUAAUGAUGUAGAUGGUAGAGAAGGCGACUAAUCAAGUCAACCAUUAUUAUUUCCUGUUUUGACGGGAC